AUGUCUGCCGAGCUACAAUCAGAGCGGCGUAAAGGGAGGCUGCAUGAAGAGCGCCCUGCACAGCAGCCGCCACCCGACCAACACGACGAAUACCACGGCGAAGUAGCGAUCGACAUCAUCGUCGUCCACGGCCUUGGCUCCAAAUACGCAACAACAUGGGCUACAAAGCUCAAAGACGGCAGUCGGUUCCACUGGCUGAGGGAAAAGCUCGGCCCAGAUGUGCCGCAAGCCCGGAUCCUAGGGUUUGAGUACGGGUCAGAAUGGUAUAGAGACCCGGCAUACACCAGUCUGGAAGAAUGCGGUGUGGAGCUUCUGGGCUGCGUUAUACGCGACCGACAGCAUCAUGGCCGCACGGAGAUGUGCUCGACGAGAAGAAAGCGGCCUAUCAUCUUCAUUGCCCACAGCUUUGGCGGUCUGGUCGUCAAACAGGCCCUGGUGACAGCCUACGAGCGAUGGAAAGAUGCCGACAAAGGCCAGGGCGAGUCAGCGGCUACCACCAUCGACGCUGUUUGGAGGGUGAAGGCAGCGAAUUAUCGAGACUUCUUGUGCAGCGUUGCAGGCGUCAUAUUUCUCGGGACUCCGCAUCGGGGUUCAUCAUUUUCACGCUGGGCAAGGGCAAAAAUGAUAUACGGCUCCAUCAUGGGCCAACAGAGCCACCCGGAGCUGCUCAAGGUACUCAAGGCCAAUUCUGAGCCGCUGGAGAAAUUGCAGCAGGGAUUUGAGACUGUCUGCAACGACUCGCGGGUCCUCAACAUACGCCCGCGGUGUUAUAGAGAAACACGCCAGGUGCCAUUACCCCCCUGGAUCGUUGUCCCAGCGGAGUCGGCCUGGCUCGAAAAUGCGGAUAACGGGGCCUUGGAUGCAAACCAUAUGGAGAUGAACACAUUUCAACCGGGUCCUGAUGCCAAUUACGACAAGAUUUUGUGUGAUAUUCGGCUGAUCUCCAGCUCUGCGUCGCGCUCCGUUAAGCACAGGCUGGAGAGAUGGAAGUAUGGGUCUAUCGUGGCUGAGAGCGAUCGAAAUGUGGUCGAGCAUUGGCUUGACGCCUCGCGUAAGCCCCAGAUCCAGCAUUUGCACGGAAAAUUGGCAUGUCAGAGGACUGCCCCAUAUACAUGUGGCUGGCUUCAAGAGUUAGAUGACUACGGAAAGUGGGUGUCUAAAGAUACACGCAAAAAUGUUCUUUGGAUCCAUGGCAAGCCGGCCUCUGGGAAAAGCGUCUUGGCUGCGUACUUGAUUGAUGCCCUCAGCAACGCAUCCGAGGCCCAAGAAGCGUCCAGAUUUUCAGUCUGUAACAACCCGCGGUCCAGUCCCACAUGCGGUUCUAAAGUUAUCAAGACUACCGUGCUGUAUUUCUUCUGCGACGUCGACCAAAGCCAUGACAAACCUGUGGGGGUUCUGGGUACGCUGAUUCACCAGCUACUAUCAGCCCAUGAUACAGAUGAAGUGAUGUUCGCGAGGGUAUAUCAAUGGAAGGAAAAGACACCGACGAGCAAAGUUGAUGCAAGUACGCUACUGCGGUUGCUGCAGGAGUUGCUGUCUCUAGUUCUUGGCAAUGUUUUCAUUGUUGUAGAUGGUCUGGAUGACAGUCCCUACGGCACCGACGUUCUCAAAGCCCUUCUGGCUAUCGCCGCUACUGCCAAUAGCACUCGUCUAGUACUUUUCAGCCAGAGGCGCGAAUCACUCCGGGACGUUCUAGAUUCAAAUUUGGCCGUCGUGAACUUCUCUAUUACCGACCACACUCGCCAAGAUAUCGAUCACUACGUUGAAGACAGAACGCUGCAGAUGCUAGACCGACGACCGGCCCUGGAACCAAACGGUAAAAUUAUAAUACAGAAAUUACAGACCUCUUCACAAGGAAUGUUCGAAUUCGUGAAUAUGACCCUCCACAACAUCGAGAACCACAUAGCCGAUAUCGAAGACGUCGAUGAGUAUCUCGACACUCUACCGAGUGGGCUUACCGGUGUAUAUGAGAAGAUCUUUACCCGGUUAUCUCACAGCACAGAAGACAUUAAACGCCGGAUACGAACGGCCCUUCAAAUAUUGACAGUCACCGCCGUCCCAAUCACCAGCUUGGAUCUCCACACUGCAUUGAGAGUCUCAGAAACAAUGGGAAAAGCGACAAAAGAAAGAAUCUGGUGGUCUGAAACCACAGCAGCCAACGCGUCAAGAGAGCUCAAAUUGCUCUUAGAUUCUCUCGUCGAGAUCGACCCGCAUCAGGUCGCCAAGCUCGUGCACUCCUCUCUCCGUAAAACCCUCCUACUGCAGCAGGAAGCUUCAUGGGAUGACGAGUCUCAUGCCGGAACAAGACUCUGGUAUCAAUUUACUGCCGCCGAGGCACACCUUCUCCUCGCCCAGAUCUGCGUGGUCGUUAUCAGCGAGACAACCCUAUCACAGGCCCAUGCAUUUCUACCCCAUCAGCGGCCACUCGUCCAACACGCCUGGAAUUACUGGGCGUAUCACCUGCGCACGUCCGGAUUUACCCUUGCAAAUAAACAUUCCUGCGUUGUGUUUGACCGGAUGCUUCGCCACGUUCACCAACACACACUGUCAUUUCUCCAAGCACUGGGGAAUUUCACCACGAGCCCACUCACACCGGUGCUAGGGGGCAAGAAGUAUACUCUCUUAGAGUACCGACAAUCCCUCCAGCGAGCACAAGGCGCGCUGACGUCUGCUAUUAACUGCGUGUGCGCAACGCGACAAGCAAUCCCCAUCGCAGCAAAGCUCCACGAGUCCAGAGAACGCGUUCCGCACGAUCUGACCGAUGUCUCCGCCGAAACUUACUACGAAGCACUCAUGAAGAAGACCAGAUCCGCUGUGUCCGAGCUCCGCGCGCGAUUUGUCAAAGACAAAACGCAGGUGGAGCGAGUGAGGCUCGAUGCCCUGGUAGAAAACACAUCCAUCGGGAAGAUUUUCCAGAAUGAGUACACCCAUGACAUCGCUGCGCUACUCGACGCCUCGCGCUCCCUUCGGCUCUUAGCACUGAGCCUCACCGUCAACCCGAUCCAUACGAUCUUGACGCAGAAAGUAAACACCCUUGGAUUCUCACCGAUCAACCUGCUCGUCGAUGUAGCGCAGCUGUUUGAAGAGGCAGCCAGCUUCCCGUACUGGCAGCACCUCCCCGCAAUGCUCGAUGCUGCAGAUGCUUUUGUCUGCGGCGAUGCAGACCCACAGGCUGAGCCGGCCAAAUUCGUUCUUCAAUCGCUGCAUCACCAAAGACAAAACACGAGUCUGGAAUCUCCUCCUGACCUCAACCUUACCGACACGCCACCAGAUAAGCUUGUUCGAGAGGUGCGAGAGCUGACUGAAGUCAAAGGCUCUCGCUGGAUCGCAACUCGGUACGCGCUGCACAUGAUUGGGGCUGGCAUCGACAAUGAGGUCGAUGACGAGAACGGCCUUUUUCGCACGAUGGUCAUCACUCCGCUGGUCAACUUACGUCUGAAGGAAAAGUUCUUUAUGGUAGAAGCAAACGACGGCUCGUGGCCUUUGUUUCUCAACCCCCAAGCGACGCUGGACCUCACUGCCCCAACAAGCCUCCGCGACAAGCCUGUCAAAGAGGUUAUUGCCGCACUCCCAUCUCUUCUGAAAUUUGUCUUCAUUCGAUACAUAAUGGCAUUGCUACAUGCCAUUGCAGAGAUCCCGCGAGCCAGUCUUGUCGCGCACUACAUUCAACUGACAGUGUCCAGAUCAGAACUAAUCGAGAGCGCGCGUCAUUUCAAGCAGCUUUAUCAGCGCCGUCCGCUGGUUUUCAGACACUUAUGCGCGAUAGUUCUCCUCUACUUCAUCAGAAGUACAUACUUCCCUCUGCUAGGCGCACACGCAAUGGCUCGGCCAUGGACGGAAUUACCCCUGGCAUACCGACAUCCAGCAGCAUAUCUAAACCUGCAGACGGGCAUCGAAGCGACGUUCUGGCUCAAGUACACGAUCAUCAUGCGUCUAUACCAUGCCGUCGGGCGGGCCUGCGUCAAGUACAGCCUAGAGACUGAUCCAACACAGCCUCAUACGCGAUCCAUCGACACCCUAGCCACUUUUUACAACCUUCUAUCCAUCGAAAAGAACAUCUUCGGCAUCAGCUUUACAUGCGCGGUGCUCACCGCCGCCGCCAAGGUUAUCCUCUACGAGCCAGACAACGUCGAGGCAAUCUCCAGAUUGACAUAUCUGUUCACCUUGGCCAAUCUGCUCGGUAUAUUCAAUAUGCUCGCCGGUGCGGUGCUGCAGCAGGAACAAGCGAGCUUUCUCCAGGGCCUUCCAGUCGUCAUACUGCAGUUUGUAGUGUUCUUCGCGGCGAUCAACUACCAACUCGCGCUUCUCGCGUUUUCGCUCAGGAUUUUAUUCUGGGUAUUAUGGCCCGUCACGGCUCCUCUGAUCGCGCUCUGGAAGGUAGGACUGCAUGCGUACGCACCGUUUUUGAAGUUCGGCGGGGUGGUGUGUUUUAUUCUUGUCGUUUUCCUCGCUGUCGACGGACUCAAUACUGCUAUCGCAGACCCGCAUGACCUCGAAGGCUCUCGACGGGCCGUCCAGCGCGCGCUGGAUAAUAUCUCAUCUCUACGAGAUAAGCCGGAAAGCUUGGUUCUUGGAGAGUUUCCUCUUGGCCCGAAGGGAGAGGCCCCUGCUCUGACGGUCCUUUCGUCAUCAGAAGAAGACGACGACGACUCGUGGAUCUGGCCGGAAGACACCAUCCAGGAUGACAAUGAGGACAGGCCCUCAGAUCGCCCGCCGCCGGAUAUAAUAACGAACGACAUGCAAACACCUGCUCCGCCAGGCGCGGCGCAGCAUUUUGGAGACAUACUCUCUGCCGAACUCGGAGACGCCGUCCGCGAAAUAAUCCAACUGCUUGAAAACGCGCGGGCAGGCGGUUUUACAGGUUUCGGUCGCAACUCCAUUGAUUCCAAUACGUACCUAGGCAAUCAACGAGGGAGCGGCUGGCGUAUGCAUAUCGGCCAGCCUCGACUGACGAAUUUCAUGAGGAAGGAUCUACAUCUCGGUCGUCGAAUGGACGACUGGCACACGCAGAAUAAUCACCUCGGGACUCUGCAUAGCCUGCACAGUAGCAGUGCCUUUGGCACCUCAGACCGAAUACCCUGGCGCGGCAUGGGGCCAAUGUCUCGAUUCAGAGAUCAGGCCGGGGACUACCACCAGGUCACUACUACAACCACCACUUACCACCGCAGAGAAGUCCAUGAAUCAAGCAGCUGGAAUUUCAAUUUCAACACCCCCGGCAGCACGCUUUCGUACUCAUCGACACAUUCCGGUCCACCCGGAUUGUUUGAAAAUAUUUUCUCUCGUCUGGGCCUGUUUUUCAUAGCUGCUGUCUGGCUGUAUAUUAUUUGGACGUUUUGGUGGCUUUGGACGACACCGUCGGACGUGGCGUCGUCGGGAUCGGGGUCUAGUAGUGUCAUAGUGCGCACGUCCUGCUGGCAUUUUGGGAUCCCGUUGGGUUAUAUCUAUGUUGGAUAUGGAUGUGAUGGGUUCAUCUUUGAGGUCCUUGGGUUUCGUCUCAUAUGA